AUGGAAAAACUUGGUGGACCUGCUUAUAUUCCAAAUCCACUGACUUCUCCGGCACUUAUGGUAUUAGCUUCAACAGCUGAGGCUGCACGCUCAUCCUCAUCAUCUCCUGGACCAAUGAAUGACUAUCACCCAGUGUAUUCUUCACCAUCAAGUCGCUACAUUGAUGGUGAGACUGUUCACAGAAUGGUGUUGAAUUCGUCGCACUACCAGCAUAGAUCUUCCCAUCUUGCAUUGUAUCCUGGUGCAGAACAUUAUGCUGAUAGAAUGCCUCAUGAAUUUAGCCCUCACUUUCUCCAACUUCAUCACCACCUUAGCGGUGGUCUCCUGCACAAGACAAGUGGGCCGACAGCGCUAUUUAAUGGGACAGGCGCAUUCCGAAGGGUAUUACCUCCAGAGCACACUUUCCCAUUCCAUCACCUUCAACAUCAGCGGUUAGAGAGAGAACAUGUUGAAAGCUUGUAUAAAAACUCUGAACUUGAUAAGGAAGCAAGCUUAGACAGAAUUGCAAAGGAGAGGAUUUCUCCACAUAAACCUGAGAAGGACAGUGAAAUGCUGCUCAAACGCAGCAAGUCAAAGAGUCCUAGCCCAAGGAUGACUUCAAGCUUGCUCAAAGAGUCUGAUAAUGCGAGUGUUGAAACCCUAAGCAUCAAAACAGAGCAAAUCGAUGACAGUGAAUGUGGAAAAAGCAGUGGGGAAGACACCGAAGUUGGUGAAGAUUUGCCACUAAAAGGUAUGUACAUUGUCUCUUAAAACAACCUUUCUAAAACCUCUUAAAUAAUUAUUCUAAAUCCUGUUCCUUGCAGUGAAACCCAAAAUGUUUUUUGCUGAAGUGUCAGAUCAUGAUUUUUUUUUUAAAAAAAAGAUGAAAACAAAGUUAAUCUAAAGUAUUCCUUGGUAGGCCCUAAUUACAGGUGUAUAUUUAUAUAUCAGCAUUGAGUGUUUCCAUCUACCCACUUGAAAGUUCCAUAACCACAUUUCAAAGGAUUUAGCAACGGGGAAAAGACUUCUGUGAUAAUAUUAUCAUCUCUUAAGCUCCAAAAGAUCUAAAUUAAUUUGAAUGUUAGUUGUUUCAUUUUCAACCCUGAGAGGUUGAAGAUGUGAUAAUAUCAGCCGGUUGUGUUUUGUUUUCUACCCUAGACAUUUAUUAAAAUGCUCUUAUGAGCCAUUAGCUUUAUAAAAAUAAUACUGCAAACACCUCAGUAUUCUUCAUUGUUUGUCUUUUUGCUUUCAUUUGACAUACACUGUAGUCAAAAGGCAUUCUCGGAUAUAUUAAAUUUGCAAAUUUUUGUGACUCAGCACAAGAACUUAAUUUUCAGAGUGAAAGUCACAUGAAUACAGAUUAUUUAUUUAAAUGCUAGUUGUGUCAGGUUUCUUGCCAAAAAACUGGUCUUCUUAAAUCCUGAUUAAAAUUAUAUUGAAUUUGUAAAUUCUAAAGUGUUGGAUAUGGGGGCUGGGUGUCCUUUGCUCUGAUGUGCAUGGUGGUUUAAGAACAUAAUAAUGGAGAUAUUUCAGUGGUGUGUUUUAAUUUUAUCCUUCUUGUUUGCUAAUCAUCAUUUAAGAAAGUUCAGUAAGUGUAUUAAAUUGAAAAAUGGAGUUGCUUAGAUCCAGCAAAGAUGAAAUCUAGUCUUGUUCAUGAGCCAAGACUUUUAAAAAUAUAUGAACAGAACAACUUUGUAAUAAAUUUGUUUCCUCAAAAAGUAAUUUGUUUUCAACUACUGGUGCUCUAGUGGACAACUGAAAUACUAUCCAUUCAUUUAUUUUAUACUUACACUUUUAAAAGUAAUUUCACUCAUAAAUGUCAGGUUAUUCGAAUUUAUUUGAAAUAUCUCAAUGUGAUUUUGUAAAGUGAAAGGAAGCAGGUUGGAAGAGCUUAUUGGGUUUCCAUCAAAGCGGGUGAUUAUAUUCACUUCUUUGGGUUUAUUGUAAAUAUUGAGAGAUGUUUGAAAUUGGUGAUUUGUAAUAUACUCCUACUAAGUUGUGAAAGCAGAUGUGAAUUAACAUAACAAUGUCACAUGCUUGGUAGCUGUUUCUGUUACCAUGAACAAAAAUUGAUCCCUCUUUUCAAUACAGGGAAAUUUUGUAAAUAUGGUUUAAAAUUCUUUUUGUUUUCAAGAGAGAACAUUUAAAACCCAUACUUCUGUUAAACACACUUUACAAGAAAACUUCACUUGUACACCUUUUUGAUAGAGCUUAGAAGUGGUGUCAUUGACAGUUCUUAAACACACUGUACUCUUCAACAAUCAUUUUCAGUUUACACCUGUAUGCUAAAUAGCCAUUCAUGUGGUCUUCCCUAUUGUCUCUGUUUUUUUCUUUUGCUUUUUCUUAACGAGAGGAGCUAAUUUUCUCGGAGCCCUGUUGUCUCUUUCUAGCGUGUUUAGCCAAGAUAAGUGAUAUCAAUAUACUUUCCUUUAUUAGUUGCUCAUUUGGGUUGCUGUAGGAGUUAACAAGUAAUUGCUAUAUUUCAAGGGAUUGUUUUAACAUCCUGAGUUUUUUUUUUGAGCAAUAUUAAAAAUAAACCCUCCAAAAAGAUUUUGUUGUGGUGAAAGGUGUUUUGUGAAAAAAUAUCAAGAGAAAUAACAUACAAAGUCUAAUUACUAUUCUGAUGACAUAAAUUUUCCUGUUUAGGGUUCAAUUUCAAUGAGGUGUAAUUCAUGCAUUUUCAUUACGUGACCAAAAGUGUAUUUUAGGGUGAUUUUAAUUAUACUAGUUAUUCAGUGAAAUACCUGUAAUUAUAAAUGAUACUCUUCUCCACAUGGGGGCAGUUGUGUUAAAUGUACACAGUGUUAAAAAUUGUCAUAUAGUUUUCUUCCAGCCAAAUAGUUUUCUCACUUCUAACAAUGUGGAUUUAGGGUGAUAAUAAUAAUUACUACACUACUAUUUUGUAAUGUUGUUUUAUUUUACAGCUAGGCCUUCAUGUAUUUUGCAUACCUCUUCCAUUUUUAAUAACUUAAACAUUUUACGUGUUAAGUUGGUUUCGUAAGUCUUGGUCAAAGAAAAAUUUUUAAGAGGAAAAAAAUGGUUUCCAUGGCAUCAAUUUGAUGUCUGUUCGUGAUUUUAUUUUUAGUUUGAAAUAUAAUCCAUUGAAACGUGAUGGCUCAGUUGUUACCUCUUUGCUUAUUAGCUUUUCGCGGUAAAAUAUACUCCAAUGCAUAGCUACAUAAUGACACUGUAGUGUAUGAUUGUGUAUUAUGAAGGUGAAUAUUUACUGUCUGUUACAAGUGAAUGAUAGGUGGCAGAAGAUAAUGACAGAAAAUUACAGCAUUGUUGGAAGGUGUUUGUAAUGGUUUUUAGCCAUGUUCGCUAUUAUGAAGUUAAGUCUGAGCUGGUACAAUUUAGAAGGAAAAGCUCAAUAAUUAUGCAUUUUGGUUUUAAUUUUUUUUGUAUAAUCUUUAUUUUUGGCCUUGAACUUUGAAAAGAAACUCAAAGUUCUAUAAUGCCAGGGAUGUUGAUAAGGACUGUCCAAAAGUGAGUAAAGUCAAAAUUCAACAAAAUUUCCAGAAUUCAUUUCAUAAAUUGCUGAAAAACAAAUAGUGCCUUUUAAAAGUAUUGUUGUGGAGGUUUCAUUUGAAUAGUCACACCACAAGAUUUUGUCUACCGACUCAAAUGUUACAUGUAUAACCUCUUUAUAAGACUUCAUUAUUCAUUCUGGGAACAAAAACAUUGUUAGCACCUUUGAAAAGUUUCAACUGGUCUCAAUGUAUUACUGUUAACUUCAGGGAAGCCCACCUUCUUUUGCCUGUGUUAUAUUGAGUCUGGUUUGUGCUGAAUUAAACACCAACAUUUAGAAUUACGUUUCUUGGCAACCAUUUUUCCUCCUUAGUAUUUUGGUAAAUUUAACUUGCAUGUAGUUCAGCUGCCUCUCAGGGGUGUGAGAUGUUUUUGUUCUGAUCGGAAUAGUUCCUAUGUGGUUCCUAUUCAUCUCAAAAGCAACUUCAUCAAAUGAUGUAAAAGUGGUGCUGAAGUAUCAACAGCUUUUGACAGUCAAUAAGUUAAAAAUUUAGAAAACCUUUCAUUCUCAGAUAUUCUUAGUAACAUGCUUCUUUCAACUGUCAGAACUGUCUGUCCUUCAGCUCUGUCUCAAAACACUUAUUUAUUGUGUUGCAUCCAAGAUUGGACUAAGUGUCUUGCUCAAAUCCUUUUGUGAUUCAACCUUUUUGUUGAUUUAAAAAUAAACCAGGUUUUUACAUUCCCAGUAUAUGUCUUAUUGUUAUAAAAGAAGUUUAUGCUUAUUUUGUAGAAGUAGUUAAAAGAGAAAUUGACUUUGAUCAGUCAGCUUUUGUUGGUGAAUCAUGACUGUCCUUAAGUUGAGGUUUUUUUCAAUUUCCACCACUUCUCUGCCUAACAGUGCAUUAAUGGUGCAAGAAAAUUGAGAGACUAUUUUUAAAACCAAGAAAUGUUGAACCAGAGGGUUGAAAUUGAAGCAAGUCUACAUACAUACAUGCGUAAUAUUCAACGUAGUAUAAUAUAAGUAGAUUUUUCACUAAACGAAGAUGACUUUGGUUUCACAUCAGUCUUAUUUUUAGUAUGAUGUGGUUUCUAUCAAGUGAGUUGAUAGGGUACUGUAGAUUGAGAAGCUGAUGUUUUCAGCCCUAGCCAUCUGUCAGAGAAAAUUGAUUCUGCCUGAGGUGCUGAUCGUUUAUUACCUUUUAGGGGGUCUACCAUUUUGAGAAAGCUUGGAAGAUUUUCAAAGCGACCCCCUAAUUAAAGAUUGUUGUUUAGUACAUUUACGGCUGUUACAUUUAAUUUCAAUUCUUGCCCCUUGCCGCUUUGUACUACUUUCAUAAAAUUUGUUACAAUAAACCCCUAGAUAAUGCUACCUUAUCCAAAAAUGACCCCCCAAAACCAAUCAAGAUUAUGAAAAUAAUAAAUGACUAGCUCAUGAUGAAUGCCAAAUGUCAGCUUCUCAAUCCCUACAGUAGCAUAAUUAACAACUAAUGAAUGAGGCUGAGUAUCGUAUGAAGAAUUAUGGAGAUCGAGGAGGGUGUUAUCCGUCGAGGCAGUAGGUCGAGGCGGCUAACACCCUCCGAGAUCUCCGUAAUUCUUCAUAUGAUACGAAAGCCAAAUUCAAUAAUUGUUUUAUUAUUCAUUCAAAAUAAUUCCUAGUUUAAAAACAAAGCUAAAACACGCUUACCCCCAUCGAUGUUAAGUUCACCUUCGAUAGUGCAUGUUUAGGGUUGUUCAGCUCCGCAAAUAUUCUCCAAAUAGCAAAUGUCGCCCUUCGAGUUGUGUUCUCUCUGUUCUGGCCAUGUUUUUAGCUAUAAUUUCGCCUAGUUCUUACUCUUGAAACGAGUGAAAUGUCUGCCAUUUUUUGUUUUUGCAACCAAAACAACUCAACCUCGUCCCCAGGGCUUCUCGGUUGACGGUGCAUUAACCUGCAAGAACGCUGCAUUUUUGACGUCAUUUCCUCGUUAAACACAAAAUUCUUCCAAAUUUGGUCAUCAGUAGCUGCUUAUGGGGAAUUGUGCGUGUGCUUUUAGCCAAUCAGAAUCGGGAAAAUGUUUUAAAUGAAUAAUAAUAUAUAUUUUAUCAACUCAUUAUUGUUGAAACCAAUUUUUUUUUGCGUUUCACUCCCCCUGGCCAUCUGACACAACACCACAAUUUCUUUAGAGACUAACCAACUACAGCGUAAUCAUUCAUAAAUUUUUACUAAACUGUAUGUGUAACUUACUCUUUCAUUUUUGACACAACAUCAGGACGAAAGAGGUCAUCAAGUCAAACACCUUGCUGCCCAAUAUGUGGCACAAGCAUCAGACUAGGAGAGAUGGAAAGCCACUUUGCUUGGGAAAUGGAGCGAUUCCUUGAUGAAAACAGGUGAGAUGAGAUCCAGGGAGGGGAGGGGUAGCAACGUACAUCCUUUGUAGAACCCAAGGGGCAGCAAGCUUGAGAAAACAGCUGAAAUUUCAUGAUGAUACUACUGGUUUCCUCGCAAAGUGACAUCUCACAAACGAGCCAGAAAAUUCCAUACCCAUGUCGUGUUGCAACCAAUCAGAAGCACUACCCAGAUCUGGGUAGUGCUUCUGAUUGGUCGUGCGUCAAGGGAAAUUUGCCUCAACCAAUCAGAGGCACUACCCAGAGCUGGGUAGUGACACAUCAUCAGUUUGAAGAAACAUAAAUCAAAUAUAGAAAAUCAAUGAGAAAGCCUUGGAGUCAUGUUAGAAUUUUACGUGGGCUGUUGUACACUUCCAGAAAUUCAUAGGAUGUACACAGAAAUCGUGAAGCAACUUCAGAUAUUUUCAGAUGAUCUUUGGGCAAAAAAUUUGAGGUCGAAGGUGUAUGCGUUUUUUUAUGUUUAUGCCAAGAUAGAAGAUAACACAAUGUAUGUUUUUUUGUACAGAAAACUGCGACGAAGUCAGAGAGAAGCUGCUAUUGCAGCAAGGAAGGUAUGUGCAUUUCAUGCUUUGUAUCUCAUAUGGUGAAAAUUGGGUGUUUUUACAAAAUACAAGGCUGUGCUCUAAGCAGGGUUUCAUGCAGAGUAUUGAAUUCUUGAAAAAGUCUUGAAAUUUGCCCAGCAAUUUUCCAGACCUGGAAAAUAGAGCUCAAGUCUAGAAUGUCUAUGUAAUUUUUUUUUUGUUUUGGUCAAAUCUUAUCCAAUUUCACCUGUUUGCAGUGCAUCAUGAAAAAAGCUUUGUUCGUGCGUUGUUUAAGGCCUCUGUUGAUCACCUAUUUGAUAACCUUGAGUCUGGAAAAAGUCUGGCUCAGGCCACAGUUGUUCAAAAGAUGGAUAGCGCUAUCCACCGGAUAUAUCUCUCUCCAGUGGAUAGUCCUAUCCCCAGCUGCUGCGGCCAGAAAUGUUGUUGGGUGUGCAUUGUGUUGACUUUUUAUUUCCUUUAGUCCUUUGUAAAUCUUCUGCUUCAAAAAAAGUAAUGAUAGUCUUUCAUCAGCAGGGUGCAAAGAAAGUCAGUUUUACAGCCUGCCAUUCGGGCAAGCUUUAGCUAGCAUGUACUAGCCCACAAGUCAUUUCAACUAGCCCCAAAACCCUUUUUGAUUGGCAGGAUUGAUUACAAUCCUUCUGUAGUUUGAAUUUCCCUAAAAAACAGCACAUGCCUGUUAAGAACAAGAAUCACUAGCCCAAUAGCAAAAUCCACUAGCCCCGGGCUAUAGGACAUGACUUUCUUUGCAUGCUGAUCAGAUAUGGGGCAAAUUUUAGUUGGACUUUUUUUAAUGAUGGACUAUUAUUAAUUAAAUCUUUGCACUGUGUUUUUACCAAGUCCUCUUAAUGGUUAUGUGGCUACAUGUACCUUUUAACUUUAUUGAGAAAUUGCAAAUUUGUCUGAAGCUUUGAAAAUGGAAAGAUUCAUUGGAUGCUAAGGUAAAGAUUGGAUUGCAUUUAUUAUAACCACUGUCUGUGUCCUUUUCAGAAUGGCGAAACUUUACCGAGGAAGGUUAAACAAGAAAACAGAGGAGAUUCUUCCCAACGUUUGGACGACACACCAGCAAGUACCAGACAACAGGCAAGUCAAUAAUAAUAAUAAUAAUAAUAACUAGUAAUAAUCAAAGGUUGUGGAGUGCAGUCGACAACGAUUGAAGGUCAAAAUGCUUUUGCUCCAGCACUGUGCUUUGCACAAGUUUCACGUGAUGGAUUGUCAAGACACACAUGAUCAGAUUAUGAGUGAUAGAAAGUCCAAACAAUACUGCUUACAUACAUGCGACGCAUGUGUAAUAACAACCUGGAGAUUGUGGGCGACAAGAGGAGCCCGCAAUAAUGCUGAUGAUAUUGAUAAUGAUGAUGAUGAUGAUGAUAAUAAUAGGUAAAGGCCACCCGGUUAGCUCAGUUGGAUGAGCGCUGUUCUGCUACACAGGAGGUCACCAAUUUGAAUCCGGCUUGACAGGUCUUUCAAAAAACUGGCAAGAUCUCACAGGUUGUAUCAGUAAGUGGUGAUGUUAAGCCACUGGCCUUGUCUCCUCCAGUAUUCCCUUUCAAUAACAACAAAUAACAUUGGACACGAAGUCAAUAUAGAACAACGAGCUGUACUCUGUUCAGUAAUGAAGGAGGAAUACAGACCUUUAUAGUAAUGCAAACUAUUAUGAUGAUUGAUAUGUAGUAGGAAACCAAGUGUCAUAUUGUCUGCCUUCAUGCAAAUAAAUAAAUAAAUAUUAAUAACAAAUAAUCCCACUAAUCUGUGCAAAGCCAUGACCAAAAGUUAACACAAGUUGUCACAGGUUGCUUGUCAGGUAUUUGUUAUUGCAAAAAGCGAAGGAAAUUCCAAUGUUUAUGUUUUCUAGCAAGCAUGUUUUGUAUUUGUUUUUCACAGACUUACUUACGAGUUUGCGCAAACAGAAUGGCAAGAACUGGUCGCUCAGCACCACUCAAGCCAACGAGGUCUAGAAGUUCUCAAAGUAUGACUUUUUAAUCUUGGUAACAUUAUAGAGUUUAUAGAAGUUAUCUGCUGGGAAAUUUCAGCUGUCUUACUGUUUCUCUACAAUCUUUUCAAAUUCUUUUACACCUCUAAGCAGGGAUUGAAAAAAAGAAAAAUGAAAUUUCAGCUUGCUCUUUGGGCAAGCAAGACUUCAGUUUUACUUCCCAGGGUCAAUUUUUCACUUGCCCAAUUCUCUUCCUUCAUUGAUAUCGAUUAUAAAUAAUUCAUAAUAUGAACAUUAAUAAUUCAUUAAUGUUAUAUCGACUCCACUCUUCUUUUUAUGUUCUAUGACCCUAAGCUAGCCAGGAAAGUACAAUGUAGCUUGCCGAAUGCCAAAAGCUACUUGUCAAGGACGAGGGGAGGGACUUUCUUUGAGCCCUGCUCUGAGGUUUUAAACCAAGAAACCUUUAUCUUAACCUUCCAUUGUAAUAAUAUAUAACAGUAGCUGAAAUCUGCUUUUUGGCUGGUAAAAAAUUGAAAGACAGAUAACUUAGAUCCUUAAUUAACUUUUCACUCCCAACCUCACUAGCUGACUUAAGGAAAUCCUGUAGUUUUAACUUUUGAGUUAGUUAAAUUAAUUAAAGCCUAUAUGUACAUUGUGAGCAUUCAAAGGACAGAAAAAAAACACUGUAUUGCUGCAUCAGAUGAGGAGUGAAAAAAUGGUUUUAUUGACUGAGUUGAUAAGAUUGAGUUACUACUUAAUGGUAAAAAACAAUGGAAAACUGACAUUUUGAGUGCUAACCCUGACUCAGCUUCAUCAAAUACAUUGCUGUAUUUUUUAGGUUCUCCAGUAAAUUCCCCUCUUGCUGGAGAGGAAGGACCAUCAGGCAUCAAGACAACAUUGUGUCCUGUGUGUGAAGAAGUGAUUCAUGGCAAUGGUGAUGAACUAAAUUCUCAUGUGGAAGCUUGCUUAAGAAAGGUAAGGACAUUGACAGCAUUGUUGCAGUUUGAAUGGUAAAACUAGGAACUUAAAGGAAAUCACUAUGGUGACCUCUACUAUGGCAGUUGUGGAUGCAGAGUCGUGGGGAUAGUAUGUCACCGUAACCUGCUAAAUGUCAACUUUAAGCAAGCGGCACCUAAACAGUAGCCUGCGUUGGUAUAGGUAAUAGCAUGAUUUGUAGUGAUAUUUGGCAUAAAUACCACGAUCGAUAUUUCGAAAUUGUUAUACGUAAUUUCACAAGCCGUUAGAUAAGUGAUAUUUGAGACAAUUUUGAAAUAUCACGAGUGGUAUUUAUGCCAAAUAUAAGGCACAAAUCAUGCUAUUAUUUGUUUAUACUACUACCUGCAAAAGGUUUGUAAUUUUUACAUGUAGGUAUUUCAAAUUAAGCUGAAAUACCACUGCUUUAGGCCAAUCAACUUGCAGAAAUUUCCCAUGUGGUAGUAUAAUAGAUGUAAUUAAACUUCAGUUAGUAACAUAUGCCAAGCAGUGCCGAUAUCCUUGCUCUUGGCCCCCAACAGACUCAAUGAAUAACCGAAAGUGUGUUUUGAAUUUCCAGGCCAAUCAUGGUGCAUACUCAAAUCUUGAUACAUGGGUGGUGGCCAAGGUUUUAGCCAGAAGGGUGUCUAGCCGUCCUAUGGACGCUUAUUUUUGGAUGAAAUACAAGGACAAUUCACUUAAUCUUUUAUAAUUUUAUGCCUUCUGGACGGCCAGUUUUCAAUGUCUGGCUAAAAGCCUUGGCCGAGUUGUUCAAAGCUGGGUUAAGAUAAGCCAGGGUUAGUGCGAGAUUUGAAUUCAGAUUUGAAAGCUUAAAAAGCAUUUUAGUUUUAAUUGUUUUUGUCCAAAAGUUGAUGAUUGGAAGUUCUAAAAAUUACAGAGAAAAUUAUCCGAGAAAACGCUUUUGAACAUAAGAAAAAGAAACCUGGGUUAAAUUUAAUCCUGGGAUAAGCGCUAAUGGGCCUUCAAACAACUGGGCCCUGGUGGUGGCCCAGAACAAGGAUUUGGCACUGUUUCACAGACAGACUUACUGUAAUCAGAGUUAAGUUUUGUCUGUGGCACAGGCUACUUAAACAGUGACUAUGGGUUUCUCGCUCGUUUACUUUCACUGUUAGUAAAACACAGGGAAGACAAUUACUAUAAAACCAGAACCAUCCAAUACUUUCUUGAUAAAGUGAAGAACAAUCCACAGUUAUUAAAGGUUUUUAAACAAGUGAUUGUUAAAAUUAGGAGAAAAGUCAAAUUUUAUACUCACUUUAUAGUAAGGAUGUGGCGCUAUGGUACAGCAAAAGGUCAUUUCUAAGCAAGGGCACUGCGUCAUUUUUUAGCUUUUGUACUCCCAGCCGCCAUAGUAGAGGUCACUAUAGUGAUUUGCUCAAAGUCCCUACUGUUUGCCCAACAACAACUUACAGUAAUUCAUAAUUUGUCUGUUUUUACCUAAUGUGAAGCAAAGGUUUAAUCCUCCCCAAAUUUUUAUCUGUAGAAAGAAGGUGGUGGAAUAGAUGAUAAUGAGGAAGCUAAUGGCCAUGAUGUGUUUGAAGAGUAUGAAUGGGCAGGUCAGACAAGAAUAAGAGCGACAUCUCUUCUGGAAGGAGGUUUUAAAGGUAACUUGUCUUCUCUUGGUGUAGCCUGCGCCACCGACAAAACUACUCUCUGGUGAAGUCAGUUUGCCAAACAGCAUUGAAAUCCCUGUUCUGGGCCCCACCUGUGUACCAAGAUUUGACUACACUCUAUGAUUGGCCUGUUAAAAUUGCCAUCGUCUGUUUGCCAAUCAAGAUGAAAGGAAAUUCAAAGAGCACUUCCGGUAAUUCGUUGAGUCUGUGAGGGUCCAGAACAAUAAUAUCAGCGCUGCUUUGGAGACAUUACUAACCAAGAUUAAAUAAUGUCUGUGAUGCCGACUACUCUUGGUGAGAAGACGGAAAAGUAAGCUCAUUUUUGAUAUUAAAAAGAUGCAGUGAUCAGCAUGCUGUAAGCAGUCAGUCAGUCUGGAGAAUUUGUAUGUGGAUAAUGGGGCUUAAAGGACUAACAACUUGUGUGGUGUCCUUUUCAGCUUCAGGCUUUCAAACUGGUAUAAAACGUAAAAGAGAAGAUGAAGAUGUUGGAGACCUGAAUAUUGAUGGUGAUGAUUCAGAAGAGUAUGGAAAACCUCAGUAUCCUUUACAACUGUCUGUAUUUUUUAAGGCAAAAGUAAGCCUGAAUCUGGAAACUCAAAUUUCCUUUUUUAGUGGAAAUCUUUUUUAACCUUUUGAUUAAUAUUAUUAGUGGAAAUUGAUAUUAUCUGAAUUAAAUGUAGGUUUAAUAGAGAAGGUGUAGAACAACCUCUCGAGAAGUUUCACGUGAAACUUGGUGAAAAAGUCCAGUUUAUUGGAUAUAGAAGGCUAAGCUUGAUCCUUUUUAUUGUGUGAAUCUUGCCUUCACAAUUGUGGUUAAGUCGUGAGAAUCAAAGCUCUUGUUAUGACCAUCCUUGACUUGUAAUGUUGCGACUGAAGGUACACAGAAGCUGAUGUAAUUCCUUGUACCUCCGAUGAACCUGAUGAAGACCAUGUCAGACAAGCUCUCAGGGGAGCCGUGAUAAGGUGAAUACCUGUUUUAAAAAGCAGGGUAAAAUUCAGGGAUGGAGGAGUGGGGUAGCUUACCAUCAGACAUGGAUGAGUGGGGCAGCCUACCAUCAGGGAUGGAGGAGUGGGACAGCUUAUGAUCAGGGGUGGAGGAGUGAGGUGGCUUACAGUCUGGGGUAGAGGGGUGGGUCAGCUUACCAUCAGAGAUGGAAGAGUGAGGUGGCUUACAGUCUGGGGUGGAGGGGUGGGUCAGCUUACCAUCAGAGAGGGUGGAGUGAGGUGGCUUACAGUCUGGGGUGGAGGGGUGGGUCAGCUUACCAUCAGAGAUGGAGGAGUGAGGUGGCUUACAGUCUGGGGUGGAGGGGUGGGUCAGCUUACCAUCAGAGAUGGUGGAGUGAGGUGGCUUACAGUCUGGGGUGGAGGGAUGGGUCAGCUUACCAUCAGAGAUGGAGGAGUGAAGUGGCUUACAGUCUGGGGUGGAGGGAUGGGUCAGCUUACCAUCAGAGAUGGAGGAGUGAGGUGGCUUACAGUCUGGGGUGGAGGGAUGGGUCAGCUUACCAUCAGAGAUGGAGGAGUGAAGUGGCUUACAGUCUGGGGUGGAGGGAUGGGUCAGCUUACCAUCAGAGAUGGAGGAGUGAGGUGGCUUACAGUCAUGGGGUGGAGGGAUGGGUCAGCUUACCAUCAGGGUGGCUUACAGUCUCAGGGUGGAGGGGUGGGUCAGCUUAAUCAGGGAAUGGGAUGGAGGAGUGGGGCAGCUAACCAUCAGGGAAGGAGGAAUGGAAUAGCUAUCCAUCAGGGAUGGAGGAGUGGCUCAGCUUACACUCAGGGAUGGAGGAGCAGGGCAACUUACCUUCAGGGAUGGAGGAGUGAGGCAGCUUACUCAUAACUGCUUUUUUUCUUUGCAGCGGUGAAUGUUCACCUGUGGACAGAAAAAGCCCCACGAGAGAAGAGCAAGAAAAAGAUGCUGAGGGUGGCACUGCUGAGACAAAACAAAAUGGCGAAUCGGUUGAUGGGUGAGUGGCUUUAAGUUGUUGCCAAGCAUUCAAAUUUUUUGCAAAAAACUAAGAUAUCUUUGUGGGCCAAAGAGGAAACAAGUCGCUAGAGAUCUCACAGCGUAACCGGCUAGCAAGUGUUCUAAUUAUUAUGGCGAGCAAAGCCAGCUGUGAGAGACUCCCUCAAAUGUAGGGCUUGCUUGAAGGCUAACACAGUGAUGCUAGAAUGCAGCCCUGAUUAAGAUACCAUCAGCUGUCUUAACCCAGGCUCAUUAUACACUUGAGAAUUAGUCAUGUUCAGAAAAAUAAGGAUGAGGUAAAAAUCAUCGGCCACAUGGCAAAUGCUGGCACCCAACAUGUGGACUGAUAGUUCAAAUGUGUUUUUGCAGGACAAGCAACCCAGAUCUUGUUAUCUGUUCUCUAAAAGCUCGAAUAAAAGAAUUGGUGAGUAGCAACUUUUUCGUUGUUUCAAAACCACUCCCCCCCCCCGUCACAAAAGUUGGUUGGCAAUUAUCGUGAUAAAAUACCACUUUAAUUGCUUACAACUGUUACUUUUCCUUUGUAUCUUACCAGGGAGAUAAGAAAACUGACAAGAUGAAGUGUUUGAUUUGUAUGGUACGUAGAGUUCCCAAAUCUUUGAUCAUUUGUUCAUUACAACCAUUGAAACAAACGGCGCCUUUUUUCGCAGAGACGUGUGUUUAUAGCAAAGAGAAGCUUCUACGAUAAAACGAGAAUUCACCUUUGAUUUCCCAAAUUCUCUGAUUGGUUGACAAUUCGCGUUGACAGACAAAUAAACCAAUCAAAUCCAAGCGUGGAAACGCCUACAAGUCUUGCCCAGACUUGGCUUUUUUUCUGAAUUCUGAUUGGUUGAGGAAGUGGCGCAAUAUCGGUCAUCCAAUCACAAUGCGUUAGGGCCAUAAAAGCCAAAGCAAUGAUGCAAUUACGUUCGACAGUCUUUUGAAAGGGAUGAUCUUAUUUCUCUAUUUCAGGAACCAUACACAAAUCCCUUGGCUUCAAUUUCUUGUUGGCACGUUCAUUGUGAGGAAUGCUGGCUUAGAACACUGGUAUGAACUUGUUUUUCUUGUAACAAUAAUGGUAUUUUACAUGUAUAUUUUGGAGAGCUUCCAAGUUUUUGUAGUAAAAGCUCCUUAUUUUAAUGAGUCAUUUUUAAAAUCCCCCCAGAACUACAAUAGUUGUUGAGAAACACGAGAUUGCUACUUCCAAAUGCUCAUCCGAACCACGACAAGGUUGAGUCGUUUGAAGAGCCAAGACAGUACCUGUCUCCUUGCUAAGUUAUUUUAAUUUUCUGAAUAAUGCUUUGUCCUGGAAUCAAACCUACAAAAUCUCGCUCUUUGGUCCAGCACUCUACCAGCUGAGUUAACUGUCCAAUAUCCCAGUGUUUCAUCUAGACUUGCCACAAGUCUGCCUCUCGAGUUUUCAAGCGAGCGGAGGGAGCUUUUUACGCCGCGAAGCCGCUGAUCGAGCGACGAAGUCGCGAGAGGUCGACUUCUCGUCCCGUACCAUAUUUAUCAGACGAAGGACUUUUUUGAAAGUCUAUGUUUCAUCCAAUUUCCAGACUUCUCGAAGUCAAUCUUGAAACACCUACAAGAAACUUGCCAUUACACAAACCAUGUCGUGUUUGACAUAUUACUUUUCGAAGUUUGAAUAUCGGAUGAAACACUUUGACUCGUGUUUAAUAUCUGACUCACUUUGGAUAGUAAUUCUACCUGGUUUUUGCUUUUUCCAGGGAGCAAAAAAGUUGUGUCCACAGUGCAACAUGAUAACGUCACCAUCAGAUCUCAGGAGAAUAUACUUGUGAUCAGUAAACAAUCCUUACAAGUCGUGAAUUUUAGUACAAAGUGGUAGUGGAUGCCGGCAUAGCACAAAGUGCACUGGAGGACAGAAUCACUUGUGAUCUUCAGCACGACCUCAUUCUUGUCAAAGUAUUAAAAGGAAAUUGCAAGCCCGACUCAACGCCUUGGACAUGUCUAGUUUGCAAGUUUACGUCGCAGCAUAUCGUUAAAAUGAUGUCCAGACCAUUGUUAAUAAUCCAUGGCAUAAAAUUACAGAGUAGGAAUACAUUUUUCGUAACAUAGAUUGCAACGCACGCUGCAUAACUUUGUAAGGUUUUUUCGUGUGUAAUUAAGGUACACUAUGUCAUCGCCUUGCUGUUGUGUGACCGUGAUAUGAAGUCACACAGAUCGUAUUGGUGUGUGUUUUCUUUAAACCAGUUCCUCAGAUUUUACCCUUAAAACCAUAAUAUGACCAGAACUUUCUUUCUUCAUACAAUGUCAGUGGUUAAUUACACGGAAAAGGCGUGAGAAUAAAGGCAUUGAUGACCAAAUGUAAAACGACUAAAUUUUUAAACGAAUUCUCUUCAUAAGUACCGAGUGAAAAUUUAGAAAAUGGUGAGGAGAAUUUUCCUCAUGAUGCAAGAGCUUUUAAAAGGAUAGUACCAGAUUGCAGCAGACAAAGUUAAAGAUUAUUAAAUCUCCAAUAACAUGAAAUUGCGUUUUUUAAUCGCCUGGUCCCGGCUGUCCAAACUUUGGAUAAUGCUAUCCACCGGAUUUUAGGAAAACUAAUUGCAUUGCCCACUGGAAAGAGAUUUAUCCGGUGGAUAGCGAUAUCCACGUUUCGAACAACUGGGGCCAGAUGACUUGUUGAAGUUAAUAAAACAAACGUUGUGGUUGUUAUUUAUGUCUUAACCUUUUUACUACCAGAUCUAAACACCCAUAUUAUGUGAAACAGCUAAAACAGAUUUGUGAAAUGUAAUUUUGUGCAGUUUCAAAACCAGAGCUUUCCAGUGUCACCCGUUUAUUAAUUUUAAGGUACAUUUGUGCACGUUCCAUGGUAGUCUUUUGUGGCUGAAUUCGUAUUUGGUGCAUUUUUUAUCUCCUAAACGUACCGAGUACUGAUGAAAAUAAAAAAUAGAAUCGAAGAUGAAAUUAAUUAACCACAUUCGCGUUAAAAAUAAGGAAAAUAAGGACAAAGUAAUACAUAUUGAGCGUUGUAUAAGGCUUAUUUAAGAGAGUGAAUCGCCAAGCAAUGGUGAUAUUUAAAUCCAUGAUUAUAGAUAACUGUAAAGUAAAAAAAUUCAACUUUAUUAUGGUAAUUGUUUUGAAGUGGACGGUUUUAUAGUUUGUUAGGGACAGAACAGUUGUCUCAAAAAUAUGAUUUGAUUUAAUAUGAAGAUUUUUAUCGCUUCCCAUAAAGGAAUUGUUAAACGUUGUAAAAUUGAAUAAACAAAUACCUUUAUACCGUU